GGUUUUGUUGCAGUUUUAGGAAGUCACUCUUGGUGUUUUUUUUUUUUUAAUUAUUAUUUCUAAUGUAUUUAUCGGGAAUAAACUAUAUACAACCCUGCUUUUUUUUUUAAUCAUGCAUGUUUGUUUGUUUGUUUGUUUGUUUGUUUAAUUGACUUCCUGACAGCCCAAAUAGCUCUUCUAACCUGAUGAUGAGAGAAUGUCCUCUGAGUGUGACGCACACUUGCACAAUGGUUUUAUUCUUCCAUUAAAGGUCCGGUUGUGUUCUGGUUCAGCUCGCGCACCUUCAGCCGGUCCAUUUGGGCAACGUGACCGUGCGCACGCGCCAUUCUUCUCUCUAUCUUUCCGAGGAGGAGGAGGAGUGGACAGAAAACUGAUCUCUUCCUCAUUGCCCUGCGUAGAUCAGGUUCGUUAUUGCAGCCUGCGGGUUGCUCCUGGACGGUGCGCACGGCUGAUUUGUCCUGUUUUUGGAGAUUUUAUUUUGCAAAAGGGAAAGGGGGACACAGAAAUCCGCAGUGAGGGAGAGAGAGAGAAAGAGAGAGAGAGAGUUGUGCUGAAGCCGCGCAAACGGAACGCGCAAUACGCACACGCAUUAUUUUACGCGCACGCAUUUACGCACAGGCACUUCAUCAUUCUGACUUUCCCUGAUCCGGUCGGUUUGCUCGUCUGAUCAGACACCCCAGGAUUGUUUUUUUUUUAAUUUUUUUUUAUGGAAACUGAAGCGACUGGUGAAGUCGCGGUCAUGCUGCCUCCGAAAAGCUGCCUCCCGAGAAAUUACAGCUGCAUUGCUGGUCUGUUUGGGAGCCUGAGCGCAAACCAGAAGAUGGAUGAUGGGGAGAAAACAGAAGGUGAAGAAGAAGAAGAGGAGGAGGAGGAGAAGGUGGAGGGGGCUGUGACCGGCGAGCCGUUAGAGAUGCGCGUCGUGAACGAGAGACCGAGGGGUCGUGAAUCCUUCCCGAAGCCGCCGCCGCCGAGUCCCGGUCUGCGCCGCCGGUGCAAAUCCUUACCGAGCUCUGCGGAGAGAGCGAAGCUGGAAGUGGCGCGGAUCUGCAGCCCAUCCAGCCAGAAGAAAGUGCGCUUUGCUGACUCGCUCGGCCUCGAACUCAUCACCGUGCGGCACUUCGACGACACCGACGUCCCAGAAACCCCUGACAAGUUCAAAAAGGCACGAGCGCUCCACCUGAACAACUUCGAGCUCUCGAAUGUCGGAUGCGCGCAGUCCACCUUCGUGGAGACGCUGUUCACGAGUCCGGGCGCGCAACCCGAUUUCCAGGAGCGACUCCAGAUCGCCAAGGUCCUGCUGGAGUCCGUUGAGACGGAUGAGUUCAGCGUGUCGGGCAUCGUGCGCGUCCUGAACCUGGCGUUUGAGAAGACCGUGACUCUGAGAUACACACUGAACAACUGGCUCACCUUCAUGGACGUCCCGGCCACGUACGUGCCGCAAUCGAGCGACGGAUCCACCGACAAGUUCCACUUCAAGAUCGUCACGCCGGCGUUCUUCGAGAGCAGCAGCAGCCUGCAGUUCGCCGUGUGCUACCGCGUCGGGACCGACGAGUUCUGGGACAACAACGACGGCACGAACUACAAAGUGCGACGCCACAGAUUCAAGAUCUCUCCUCCUCGGGAAUGGGAUGACGGCUGGAUCCACUUCAUUUAGAUCAUUGACUAGAUGGUCAUGAAGGUUUGUACUGUAUCUCCUGGAGCUUCCAAUCCAGGAAUCUCAUGGCUCCAGAGACAGAGAGCGCGCCUCGCUGAUGUGUUCUCACAAGGGAAGCACUUUUUGGUUUCUUUUCCAUUUCAAACCUUCUGAUCUGAUGAAAUCAGCCCAACUUUGGAAGCGCCAAGUUGGGCUGGGAACAUACUGGUCAUAGGUUUAGCCUAUAAUCCAUGUACCUACAAGUGAGUGCAAAAGUUUGCAUCCCCCAUCGGUUUCUUAUCUAGAAAUCCCAUGUUUGUACUGUAUCUCUUCUCUUGGUUGGUUGGUUGGUUGGUUGAUUUAAAGCCGGCUGUACACUGUGCAUCAUUUCAUAGUGUUACUUUGCCAUGAGAACCCAUGGGACGGGUUAUUCAUGUCAGAAACAAGAUCUGUAACAAACACUGCAUGUCAGGUUAUACAAUCGAUCCUCAAACGUAGACCUGCGAUUAAAGAACAUUGCAUUUUCUGCAUCUACAAUUUGACACAAGGAUAUUCGUUUACAUGUAUCGGUAACAGCGCUGCCCCAUGAGUUUGCAUUGCAUGACAUUACAUUAAAGACAUUUAGCAGACGCUGUUAUCCAGAACGACGUACAACGCACCCAGACAAGCCUGGGGAAGACAAGUUAGGGGUGAGGUGCCUUUCUCAACAGCACUUCAGCUAUUCCUGCUAGUCCAGGGAAUCAAACCGGCAACCUUUUGGUCCCACCAUUAAGGACAUGGCUUCCUUGUGCAUCAUCCGACUGGUGGCUUUUAACUGAGCAUCAGUGAGUCAGAGCAGCUCUGAAAAAUCAUCCUCUGAUAGUGUCAAUGAUAUUUAUAAGACCACUGAUCUCGACUAAAUCGCGAGGUGCGUGACGGAAAAACCAGUCGACAGCAUCAAUCUGACUUAAGCCUAACAUGGCGUUAUCUUUAGGAGCAAUCCGUUCACACGAAUUAGCAUGCUGUAAUUAAUUUAGGCCUUUUAAAUGCACCUUGUUUAAAGUGCCCAAGACAAUUUAAAUCAGUGGGAAUGAGAAAAACAGCAGAGAGGUUAAAAACAAAACAAAAAAACCUCUCAAACAAAUGGAGAUGUGAAAAAGUUCUCGUGGUCAAUAUAUUUCCAUAUUUAACAAAACCCUAAUCUACAUUUCUUGACUCGUAUUGAUACUGUAAAAACCUGUCAUGCGUUAAACGCCUUACUGGUUUCCUCAUCUCAUCCUCAAGCAGGGGUAUGCAAACUUUUGCACAGUAGUAGUAGCAUCUAAAGUCUAAACUCAGCCAAGGUAUAUCUAAUCAACUGCUAUUCCACCCAUUUUCACUUUGUGUGCUGAAACUUCCUGUUUUAGAUGAAAAGCACUGUUGUGAAAGAUGACGUGGCUUUGAGGCGUUGUGACAUGUUUUUAUUGCACUCGUUCUCUUCUUCCACGAUACAGAGCUGCUGUGUUGCGUGUCGUGGGCAGAAUAUGUGUCAAUGCUUGUAAAAUCGCUGAGUAUACUCGCACGCCGAGAGAGAGCUCAGAAGAAUAUGACAGCUGGAGAUGGGCUCCAGCAAACCUGAAAAGAUGUUCAGGAACAAUAACGAGUCAAAGGAGCGAAGAAAGAAUGAGUCCCUGUACACGAGGGAAGAACAGUUUUUGAGAUUAGAUCACAAGACCUUUUAAUGUCAGUCGACUUUCUAACUCCUGGACUUUUGAAAUAGUUGAUCUCCAACACUCAACAACCUAUCCUGAAGUUUCCGUCUCAUCAUGAGGCGAGGUAAGGGACGGUUCGAGGGGGAAAAUCGAAUUUGCAUAGAUUUUCUGUUCGUUGUAAAUGCACUCGAUGCAUUUCAGCCAAGAUGGACUGCAUUCGCGUCCCACGUUUUUGCUUUAUCAUCUUUUCCACAUCAGAGCCAUAAAGCUACAAGUAAACGGAAGCUCGAAAUCAUCACACGUUCACACACCGGUCUGGUCCAGUCGCUCACCUUGAAUAACCUUGUGCAGGUUUUAACAUGAAUAAUUAUUUCUAUAGACUAACUAGUCAUUUGAACAUAAAAUUAAUGAUUUUAACUUGAUAUACAUUUUCAAAGCAAACUUAAGUGUUACGAAUGUUUAACUGCGAUUACGUGACCAGAUUUUCUCAAGUGUGAUGAUUUUUUUUCAGCAUUGGAUUUGCAUUAGUGGGCGUCAAUCACAACUCCACUUCCUUCCUAAAACUGUCAAUUCGACUUAACAAAUAUUUAAUUUCUUUAUCAUUUCCGUCACCUCGAACCAGUCUGCAAAGCACCGCAUUCAUGACGUGUCUGUUUACGGUGCAGCUUUUAUGGCUGUACAGUACAUAAAAAGUUGAGUGCAAAAGUUUGUACCCCUUGGAGAGCAAGUGGGGAAAAACAGUGUCUCGUGAUGAUGUGUACAAUUCAAUAUCAAAACAAAAUAGAAGUGAAAACAAGUUCCGAAGGACGAACUAACACAUUAAAAAAAAACAACAACAUCAUGAACUUAAAGCUACUGUAGACGGUCUUUCGAUUUCAUAAAAUCGGUGAAAUUUAGUUCCGUCUGAAAUUUGGUCAUUGUGAGAUGUUUAUUUCUGGGAAGUUAUUGAAUUUGAGGUGAUUAAAGCAAAUAACGUGCAUGAAAUUGCUCGCUUUUAGCGCAGGUUUACCUUUGACCGUGCACUGACUGUUACUAAACGAACAGCUGAUCACACCGAGGUGUUCGCUAAGCGCCGAUAUUUAUUAGUUUGGUCCUGCAUUUCCUUUCCUUCGUAUAUAACAUAACGUCGUUGGUCUUUCACAUUUCAUUCGCGCACUCUCAUCCUCCAUUUUUCUCUCCUGUUUCAAAUUUGCAUCCCACAAUGCCUUGCACGAACAGAGAAAGCCCACCAUGUGAUGUGAUGUGAUGUGAUGCAUGAUGUAGUAUCUUGUAUUGGCUCAUGGUGAAGCAGGAAAAAAUAGCGGAGAAUUUAGGGCCACGUGGCUCUAAAUUCAUUAAUUGUUCUAUUUAAAAAAAAAAUGAAUAAAAUUGGAAGUCUGUGAUUCGAAUUCAGUAGCUUUCGGCCCACUAGACAAAAAAAAAACUUGGUGAUGAAAUGAGGAAAUGUGUCGCAUCUGAUGGAUCUGUUUGGAUGGAAUUAGUUUUAUGAUGUGACAUCGGUCAUGAUUUUUUUUUUUUUCCCAGAUGUUAAAUCUGUGAGAAUGGUUUUUAAAAAUCAAAAUACUGCAAAAGGGAUGAGGCUAUUUCUAGAAAUCUAUUUCUAGAAAUAUUGCAUGAUGUUUUAUGUUUGUAGUGAAUAUAAAGUGGUUUAUAACGUAUGUAAUUAUUAUAAUAGUCUCUUCAAUCAGCCUUCAUCAAUCAUCUCGCUCGCUCAAUCAAUGAAUGUUUGUUUGUUUUCUUUUUCUGGUUAAUGGACUGAUAAUAUAAGCAGCAUGGACAUGGAGUUAUACGAUCAGAGAUCCAGAGAUGAGCGACGGCUCAAUGUGGUCAUGUUUGCAUGAUCUGAGAAGCAGAUAUGCGCACUAGGGAGAAAAACACUGGCAUGGAAAUAAACUCACAGCGUCGCACCUGGAGUUUACAGAAUGACUCCCAGAUUCUUGUUGUAAAUUUAAUCCCAUCCAAAUCGGGCUACGGACGGCAGGAAACCCGCCGCACCAAAUUUGUUCUUGCUGUUAAUUUCAUUUCUUCACCUUUUCGAAUUUGUUGUAUUUUGUGCAAACUUUUGCACUCAACACUAAGCGAGUGCUAUGUCGAGGUAUUUAUGAAAUAUAUAAUCAAUUCAGGUGGCUACAUCAUCAUCCUGUCCCCUGAGAGAAAUCCUCAUCAGUAUCCCUCAAAGCAGGAUCUUCCGAAGAAACCGCAGCGCCUUGUAUCCAGAUGCUUUCUUCACAUGACUCGCACUUUCAAACCAAGCUCAUUCCAAGCCCUCUCUGUUUCACGUAACACGUGCAUUUCAUACCAAACACAUUUAUACUGUGAGAACGUUUCAGAACAGCUGGAGUGCCUAUGCUUUCAGGUUUAACCUAAAGGGGGGGAAAACCCGCAGAUUUUAUUUUUAUGCAACAGAACCAAAACUAGAUGUACGAUUUAUUGGGUUAAUAUAUAUAUAUAUAUAUAUAUAUAAUAUACUGUAUCUCAUUCCUGUCCUGUGUGUGUGCACUUGCAGAGUGUCGCAACUUCAUUUUUGUAAAUAUCAUUCGUUGUAUUGUGUCAAGUCGUUGAUGUCGUUAAAAUUGUCGGAAAUGUAGCAUUUGUGCAGAUUUGGCUUUCGUCUGGUCGUGCAUUGUUAAUGUUAUUUAGAAACCUGAUGUGUUUUUUUUUUUUUAAACUUAACAAAGGUUAAGUUUACAUCGUUAACUUUUGUAUUUUUCAUACGAACAGAAAGAGCAUCAGCUCUAACGUGAGUAUUACCCAAAUGCCUAAUCCUGGGAUCAGACUAUAUUACUGUACAUUCAGGACUAUUUCAGCCUGAUUUCGACACGACUUUGUCUUCGGUGGUAAAUUUCCAGCAAAUAUGAACGUCAGAAAAGACGUACGAGACUUGUAAGAAGAGCGAUGACACCCUGGUGAAAAAUCUACCAUGUCAGAAAGUUCUUUAUUCUCGUGUAGCUUGAUAACUCCUACAACGUGUUCCUCAAUAGCCGUGAUUGACAAUUUCUUGACCCGCCUCCCAGGCAACAUGCAAGGACGUGAAUGAUGAUUGGUCACGGUCAAACUUGUAACGUCAGCAGUCUCCUGAUCAAGACGCAGCAAGAACUUCUGGCACUAAUCUGACAUGGUGACCAUCGUGAAAGACAAAAAUAUUGUGUAGUCUGAUCCCAGCAUCAGCGAUGAUUGAGUUAUCUGUUUUGCGAAUGUCAGACUAAAUCAAGAAGCUUUCAUGUCUCGGAGCUCAUAUACACCGUGUGCACGCUUUAAAAUCAAUGCCAUUUCUAUACAAUUUGCAGUGUAGCACAUUUAAAAAAAAAAAAAGCUUCGCCUGAAGUACUGAUUAUUUUUGCACAAAGUUUUCGUCCCUGAUUGUGAAAAUGGAUCCCAGGCUGUUGCAGGAUGUUUUUCUUUUCUGUUGUUUAAUAAUGCAUGAGAUUGAAAUUCCUCUGCAGAGCUAAAGCACACUGCUACUAAUUGAGGAACCCAAAAGAAUUGAGCAGGGAGUAGAUCCAUGCCACGAAAACAUCACGGACUCAAACACUGAUGGACUUUACGCUUCGCGGCUCGGUUAUCUUCCACACUUUUUCUAACACUGAUCGAACCAUCAUCACUUUUAUGAAAUGAUUUUGCACCAAUAGGAAUCGAAAUACGUUUGAGAUUCGGAUUUAAUUUUAUAGUUUUGUAAGACGAAAUUAAAAGUCUAGCUAGCAUAACCAUCCGACGUACAAAAUUCAUUCACAUUUUGGAGGCGAAUACAAAAUUCAGUCCUCACUAAAAAUUGUUGAUUAAGAAUCGGAAAUUUUCAUGACCACAGAUUUAUACGCAGAUAUUCCAGCCAUAUAAUUAAGAGUUAUUCCAUGAAAUCAAGUCGUACAUGAGCUGAUAGUGCUAUAAGUCAUGUAUGACGAGAUCGAGUGGAAUAACCGUUUUAUUCUAUCUACAUUCACUGGAUUUUGAAAAACGGAGCCUUUUUUUUUUUUUUGUAAAUCUCAUAAAUACAAAUUUUAUACAAAAUGUCAGACAAAAUCAUUUCCGCUUAGAAUGUAAACAAACUGGUGAAAUGACCGGAGCAAUUUGUGAAAAAUGAGAAUAAUAAUAAUUAAUAAUAAUUCUUGAAAAAUUAACAAAAAAAAUCUGUUCUUACCAUCAAAUCCUUUCAUUCCAUAUUUUGUUGCACUUUUUUUUUUUUUUUUGUAUUUUUUGGGGUUUUGUUUUCCAGUCAAGUUUUUAUUUCGUCCUCGGUUGGUUCAGUAACACGCUUCGCCAUUUUGUUUUUCUCUACUCACUGUAUAUGAGCUGAUAUCCUGGUAGUAGAGUAGCCAAUCAGAGCGCAUAUCCAGUGAAUGUGGAUAGAAUAAUUUAACUUGGACGAUAAAUAAACUUCACUUUGACUUUAGCUUCAAAACUUUGAAACGAAGCAUAAAAAAAAACUUUUAUAUAAAAAUUCUCAUUCAAAUUCGCUACAUUUGGAAAGAACGGUUCUUUAAUGGUUCUUAAAGCGUUCAUUUUUUAACGAAUGGUUUUACCAGGAACACUUUCUCUGUGUAGAGAAACUCUGUUAUAGGAUUCAUCGCACCUUUUGAGAUCAAUUGAAGGGUUGUAACCCUUUUUUUUUUUUAAGAGUUUAGUGGCAUAAAUAUUAUUUCAUACGCACUCAUUUGUUCAUGAAUUGUUCAUCAAAUUUCCUCAGAAAUUGAAAUCUACAGUAAUGUGUGUUCUUUAGAAUGUCGCGGCAAGAAUACAUAGAAUUUCUUUGCUUUCUUGGGAGUUGUUCACUUGGGAGUGUUUAUGCACUGUGUGUGUGUUAGUUACCCAGAAUGCACUUUGAGAGUACAUGUCUGUCAGCAUGUUUAAACCUGACACUCAAAAAUGCAAAUUUUUUUUUAUACUUUAGCUGUUUAUUUUUUUAAAUUACUUUGGACUUACGAACCCAAAGUUCAAAAAGCACUGUCAAAUGUAUUUUUUUUUUUGCUUGUCUAGCUUUUAAAAUUGAGAAAUAACUAUGAGCUGCCACUUGAUUUGCACAUGUAACACUGAAAUAAUUGUAUAAUAAAAUAAUAAACCCAAGUCAGCUAUAUUUUCUGCAUCACGUCCUGUAGCUGCUCAACAUGUCCUGUUCAGUUUCCUCCAUCAACGUUGGCACGUAGGAUGCAUUUUUUUUAAAUAACUCAUCUUUCCAUCGUGAUUAUAUCUUUUAUACAGUGCUUUAUUUAUAUUUGUGGCACUUUUUCAAACCCAAAUAUAACCGAAUGCUGUAUUUUAGCAAUCCGCCCCCACACACAGACGUGCAAUAAACCCUCAGAGCUUAAAAUGUGACCGGAUGUAAAAUGUAGUUUUGUAUUAAUGAUGCUAUUUGUGUUCGUGAGAAUGGAAGCAAUGCGUAGCUGAGGUUAAAGGGGGUCACGUUGGUCUGGAAAUGUCAAAUGCAAGUUUAAUGUCAGUGUUGUGACUUGUAGCAGGGUUUUCGAGAGCUAUCGAUUGUAAAACGGGAUCUGUUUUUUUAAUCUGAGAUGUGUGCAUUUGUCCCAGAUAAAAAUCCCUGCUUCUGUUUUAUUCCCUCUGUUAUUUAUAAAGUUUGGCUCCUGAGCUCAUCCUUUAGAUUUCCCGUACCACGAAGUGCGUCUUCCUGUUCCUCUGGAUAAAUUAUUUUUAUGUACAGGCUAUAAAAUGGACAAACUUUUAUUGACCGUUAUUUAAGGAGUGUAUAAGUAUGUAAAAUACACAAUUUAUUAGAUAUAGUACAUGCAAUGUUAACUCUUAGUUAUAUGCGGUGAAAGAUGAUUUAUUUCCUGAAAAAUACACUACCAAUCAAAAGACUGCACGUAUUACUAGAUAUGAAUGUAUUUUUCAUUGCCUUAUAUGAUAAAGGUUUAAUUUUGUUUCUAAGACAACUGUAAAUAGUAAAGAUAUUUAAAUCGGAAAUAAUAAAUGUAUUUCUGGAUUAAAAUGUAUUUUUUUAAGGAGAUUUUCCUUCAUGAAGCCGGUUGAGAAGAUGCCGAGAGCGUACAAAGCUUCGAGAUUUAAAAAAUAUAAAUGUUUUAGUUUGUUGACAUUUUAAUUUAAGGUUUGGUUGUAAACUAUAUCAUUUACUAAUUCAAGAUUGCAUCAAAAUCUAUAGAUUUGUAAAUCUAUUAGUCUAGGACACAGUGGUAAAUAUUCAGGUUGGCACGAUACAAUCUUUUUUCUUUUCUGAUACAGAAACUGAAACCUUAAUUAUCAGCUGAUAUUCAUACCCAUUCAGGACAUAUUUUUUUUUCCCUUAACAAUUGCUAAACUUUAAAUUGGUUUUAAAACUGAAGCACUUAAAAAUACAGAGCUAAAAACACGACUUGGCAAAAGCAUAGUGUUCAUGCAAACAUUACUUACAUUGCAAAUAUAAUAGUUUUUUUUAAAAGUAUAAAUAUAAUAAAAAUUAAUUCUGACAAAAUACAAUCAAGUUUUUUUUAUCCACCAACUGUGUUGGAGGAGGUUAUGUUUUCACCUCCAUUUUUUUCUUGUUUGGUUGGUUGGUUGUUCCCAGUGUAACUCAAAAAGUCAUGAGCAGAUUUGGAUGAAAUUUGGUAGAAAGGUGAUCCAUGGGCCAAGGAAUAAUUGAUUAGAUUUUGAUGUAAAUCUGGAUAUAUAUGUGGAUCUGGGACUUUUUUUUUUGUCUGUUCCCAACGUAACUCAAAAAGUACUGAAUGGAUUUGGAUGAAAUUUGGUGGACAGCUUGAGUAUUAUCCUCAGUUCAAGUUAUUUUGAUUUUGAUGUUGAUGAUAUGUGGCUUGGUGGAGGAACGGACUCGACCAAGUGCCCUUCUAGUUUCCCGUCCAUUUAUUUGUUUGUUUGUUUGUUUGUUCCCAACAUAACUCAAAAAGUAGUGAACGGAUUUGGAUGAAAUUUGGUGGACAGCUUUAAUAUUCUCCUAUCUUCAAGUGAUUUUUGAUGUUGAUGAUGAUAUGUGGCUUGGCAGAGGCAUGGACUCUACCCAGUGCCCUUCCAGUUUUAAUCUGUAAACAUUUACAGUUCCCCAAAAAAAAUAAUAAUAAACUUUUUCUUCCCCAAAUCCAGUUUAUUACAGGAUUGGAUCAAAUGAAUCCUUUUUUUCCCCCUCUAAUAUAUGAUCCGCCAUUUUAUUUUAUUUUAUUUUAUUUUAUUUUAUUGCUGGGAUCCAAUACAGAUCCUGGGUGUCCAAAUUGUGACAUCUUUAGUCAGUAUAUUCAUGAAGUAAUUUGAAAAUAAACUUGGCAUCCCCACUGCAAAGAGUCAAGGGUUGUUGUUGUUGUUUUUUUAAAUCUGAUCCAGCUCAUGAAAUGCUUCUAUCCAGAUGUGAAGGUAGUUUGAAUUAGUAUACAUGACAAAUAAAGGCCUCUUCUUGUUUUUUGUUGUUGUUCAAAAUGCCUUCACAUCUGGAUGACAGGGCAGUGUGGUGCUACGAUACUAAGACUAGAGUAGAGAUCAAAAAUCAUUUAUUACUAAAUUAAGCUACACUUUUUCACUUAAUUUAAACUUAACCUAAUUUAUUCCUAAAUUAUGCUUUUAGUUUAUGACCAAAGCCUUAAGUUAAAAUGUUGCCCUCAAUCACACGAUCACUGCAUCAUUCCAUCAAUGUUAUUUUAUCGUGUUAAUGUCUUCAUUAUUAUUCUAAACUCAAAUAAUUCCUCGUGUCAAAAUGAAGUCCGAACUUUUGACUGGUUGUGUGUGUGUGUGUCUUUCCAUUGUGGUUGAGUGUGUGUAAUUUUAUGAGGUUGUUCAAGAAGCUGGUUGAAGAUUAAAUUCAAGGCUCCAGUUGGCUGGAAUUCGGAAUUACUUUCUCAGAUGAAUGUAAUGUUCAGGUUGUGUGCUCCAUAAUUACGAGCUGAAGAAGAACCAGUAACAUUAAGGGAUGUACAGUGAUGACAGUGUUUGUGUCGAGGCAAACAUGAUUAGCUUUUGUCGCUCACAGUAAACGUUAAGCGCAUGUUACACCACCAUCUUCCUGCUGCAUUUCCAACACCCUGUUUUUUUUUUUUUUGCAAUUUGUAAAAGAAUGUGUGUGUUUAAACACUGUAAGCAUCCUGUCUGAUACAAGUAAAGAAUGUCGUUGUCCUCACGUAACAUGAACAGUGCAGGGAUUUUUGGGAUUUUCGGACAGCUGUGUACUUUUUGCACGUAGAUUUAGUGAUGCACUAAAUCUGUCACAUGACCUGCUGACAGCCAAUGAUAUGCAGACUGUACAUUAUGAUGGACGUAUAAGAAGCACGAACAAGUCAACUUGUACUUUUAAUGGUAGUAGAAAUGAAACACAGCCAUAUGCCACUGAAAAGUGCUAGAAUGUUAGAAUAUAUACAUUUUUUUCCCUAUUCUGGAACUUUCUGUAAAAUUCCGAUGUAUAGUUUUAGGGCAAAAGCUUUAAAAAGAUCUGUGUCUAUAGAUUCUGUUGACUCUGUUCAUUGAUUUUGAUCUAUGCAAACCCUGUCUUUCCGUUCUGUAUCAGUGUACUGACGUGUUCACCAUUUUAUUUGAAAUUAAACCAGUAUAAUUCAGUAUAUUCUCACUGUUUAGCAUGCCUGGAAGCAUUUUUUUAUGGUGAGUUUGUAUUGUGGUUUAUAUUUCAUUAACCCAUUAAACUCAAAGCAUUUGAGGUGAAAA